AUGGCGAGGUACGCGCGUGCGGACUCGAACAGGAGGCUCGAGACGCUGCUGGACUUGGACAAGACAGCAAAAGGGGGCAAGAACAUCGCAAGGCAUGCCACACGGAAGCUGGUACCCGGCCACGGCCUCGAGUUCACAAACCUGUCAUACAGUGUGUUCAAGAAAAUAAAAAAAGAUGGGGUGUGGAUCACCAAGGAGACCUACCUGCUCAACGACAUCUCGGGGCAGGCGAUGAAGGGCGAGAUCAUGGCCAUCAUGGGGCCCAGCGGGGCGGGGAAGUCGACGUUUCUUGACGCCUUAGCCGGCCGGAUCGCGCAGGGCAGCCUCGAAGGCCAUGUCAAGAUAGAUGGGAAAGCAGUGACAGCAAGCUAUAUGAAGAUGAUCUCAUCCUAUGUGAUGCAAGAUGAUCAGCUCUUUCCUAUGCUUACUGUUUUUGAGACAUUCAUGUUUGCUGCAGAAGUGAGGCUUCCACCAUCCGUCUCCACAGCUGAGAAGAAGAAGAGAGUUGUUGAGCUUGUUAAUCAACUUGGUUUAACAAGUGCAAUGCAUACAUACAUAGGGAAUGAAGGGACAAGAGGGGUUUCUGGUGGGGAGAAGAGAAGGGUGUCUAUUGGUGUUGACAUAAUCCACAAGCCAUCACUGCUGUUUCUUGAUGAGCCCACCUCCGGCCUCGACUCCACGAGCGCCUACAGCGUCGUGGAGAAGGUGAAGGAUAUAGCCAGAGGAGGCAGCAUAGUGCUCAUGACAAUCCAUCAGCCAUCCUUCAGAAUCCAGAUGCUUCUAGACAGGAUCACAGUCCUUGCUAGGGGGAGGCUAGUAUACAUGGGGAGCCCAACAGCACUACCUGGCUACCUAGCCGGCUUCCAACGCCCCGUUCCAGAAGGCGAAAACAGCAUUGAGUAUCUCCUCGAUGUGAUCAAAGAGUACGACGAAUCAACUGUGGGGCUGGACCCUCUUGUGCUGUACCAACGCGAUGGGAUCAAGCCGGAGCAAGCCGCCACAACCCCACUUCCGAAGAGGAUCAAAACACCACAGGCAACCCCGGCCCGUGGGAAGAGCUCGUGGUCGAAGCACAUCAGCCUGCAGAGCAGCCAGUUCUCCCACGGAGGAGGCACAGCCAUGACUCCUCGAUCAGGGCCGUUCGAUUACAACAGCAACCACGGUGAUGAUGACGAUGAUGAUGAAGAAAACUUUGAUGCCUCAUUGGAGAGAAAGAGCAGAAUAAUGCCUCAAACACCACUCAACAUGAAUCAAAGUGGAGCUUAUCCAAGGCUGGCCUCACAUUUCUACAAAGACUUCUCUGUCUGGAUCUACCAGGGCGUCACAGGCACUCCUCGACGCGCUCCCACGUGGACCCCGGCUCGCACCCCUGGCCAAACCCCAGCCAAAACACCACUCUCAAGCACAAGAAACAUAAACUACCCACCUCCAAAAACACCUGUUUUCAGCACUUCUUUUGACUCAUACACAACUUCUUACCAAGAAUUCGACUUGGAGGAGGAGCCAGUCCUUGACGAGCCAGAGCACAGGCGCAAGUUCGCCAACCCAUGGCUGCGCGAGGUGGCCGUGCUCUCCUGGCGCACGGCCCUCAACGUGAUACGAACACCCGAGCUCUUCCUCUCAAGAGAGAUUGUUUUAACAGUGAUGGCUCUUGUUCUUGCCUCUCUCUUCAAGAAACUCCACAGCACAGAGUUCCUAACCAUCAACCGCCUCCUAAACUUCUACAUCUUCGCCAUCUGCCUCGUCUUCUUCUCCUCCAACGACGCGGUCCCAACCUUCAUCCAAGAGCGGUUCAUCUUCAUCCGCGAGACCUCCCACAACGCCUACCGCGCCUCCUCCUACGUCAUCUCCUCCCUCAUCGUCUACCUCCCGUUCUUCGCCAUCCAAGGCUUCACAUUUGCAGCCAUCACCAAAUACAUCCUCCGCCUCCACGGCAGCAUCAUCUCCUUCUGGCUGAUCCUCUACGCCUCCCUUAUCACCACAAACGCCUACGUGAUGCUGGUCAGCGCAGUGAUGCCGAGCUACAUCACUGGCUACGCGGUGGUCAUAGCCACCACGGCCCUCUUCUUCCUCACCUGCGGCUUCUUCUUGAAAUCUUCACAGAUCCCCAUCUACUGGAAAUGGCUGCACUACAUCUCUGCCAUCAAGUACCCUUUCGAGGCACUGCUCAUCAAUGAGUUCAAAGGCACCAGGUGCUACCAUGGCUUCGGAGAGGAGCUCCAACCCGGCCCCCUCGGAGAGAUCAGGAUCAGCGAGCUACACAAUGUGACACGAGGGAUCAACUGCACGACUCGUGAGAACGAGCUCAUGUUGAUCGGAGAGGAUGUGUUGUUCACUAUGGAUAUUGAUCACAUUGAGAGCAUUUGGACUGAUAUAGGCAUACUGCUCGCGUGGGGCGUGCUGUAUCGCCUUUUCUUCUACGUCGUGCUCAGGUUCUACUCCAAGAAUGAGAGGAAAUGA